AUGACGCUCUUCUCUGUCCUCGCAUUCGCUGCGUUGGCGAGUGCAAAGUGGAUUGUCCCCGGUGCACGAUGGUACGAUACUGACGGAAACUUGUUCAACGCUCAUGCAGGCGGUCUUUGCGUUGAUAGGGAGAGCGGCAAGUUUUAUUGGUUUGGUGAACAUAAGACUGAAGAGCAAGAAGAGGGCGGCGGGAUUUCGGUCUACAGCUCUGAUGACCUCGCUACAUGGGAGUCUCACGGUCUAGCACUGAAGCCUGAGGAGGGUCAUGAGUUUGUGUCGCCAGAGAGUAUCAUCCAACGCCCCAAGGUUCUCUACAGCGAAGAAACAGGAAAAUAUCACAUGUGGUGGCACGCCGACGAUCGCAACUACAGCCUUCUCCUUCAAGGCCUCGCAACGUCCGACAACAUCGCUGGCCCCUACAAAUUCCAACACGCCGUAUCCCCCCUCGGAAACUGGUCCCAAGACUUUGGCGCCUUCACCGACUACAAGACCGGAAAGUCCUACGCUCUCUACUCCAACGGCGACAAAGUCGAAGGCCGCGAUGUCUAUGUCAGCGAGUUUAACAAGAACCUCACGGAUGUGGAAAAGGUCACGUUUCGGUUUAAUAAAUACGAUUUCGAGGCGCCGACUAUUAUUCAGACGGAGAAGAGCUACUGGACUUUUAUGAGUCAUAAGACUGGUUAUCGACCUAAUAAUGUUGUGGCUAUGAGGGCUGAUAAACUUGAGGGUCCUUGGUCGCAGCCUUUCUUUGUUGCGCCGGCUUAUACGAGGACGUUUAGUACGCAGAGUGGGUUCUCGUGGAGGAUCAAGGGGACUAAGAAGACGACGUAUCUUUACAUGGCUGAUCAGUGGGAUCUGCCGUCGAUUUGGGAGAGUCGCAAUGUCUGGCUUCCUAUUGAGAUCGAUGAGGAGAACAAAAGUCUCAAGGUCGUUUGGCAUGAUGUUUACGAUUUGAAUGUCAAAACUGGUGAAUGGAAGCCUGUCAAGGGAAAGACAUACCCUUCCAAGAACGCCAAGUUUGCUGGGAACGCUCACCUCCAAGAAGCUACCUUUGGAACGGACCAUGUCAUCGCGACUGGCAUCUACGGCAACGACAGCACCGCCACAUUCACAGUCGAAGGACAAGGCGCUGACCAAUGGGUAUCCUUCUACCACCAAAAUAUCGAUGACAUGGGCUUUGGAGACCAGCCAAUGGGUCAACCAGAUCGCAUCAACGGAACAUGGGCAGUCCGACGAAUCAGCAGUGUUGUUGUGAACGGCGAUAAGGAAAAGGUGCAUACUCUGUGGCAGAAGGAUACUCAUAAGGGAAUUAUUCUGUCAGCGCCUUUGUUGCUGCCGCUUAAGAAGGGGAAGAACACUAUUACUGUUGGGGGUUUGAAUAAUGGGAAGGAUGUUAAGGGUGCGGAUCUGGAUAGGAUUGUGGUUUAUCCUCCUGAGAAGAAGAAGGGAAAGCGUAGCUUCUUGGGCAUCUUUUAG